UUUCAUUUUUACCUGGCUCUCUCAUAGCAUUUAUUAAGGGCUUCACAAGCUUCCCUCCUCACUCUGGCUACAGCUACUCUCUGAUAUACAUGAGAAACAUAUUUAUAUAAAGGAAACAUAGAAGCCUUCAGAACUGCAUUACAAGACAACAAGAUGAUGACUCUGAAGGAUACAGUGGCACUAAAUUUACUAUUUUGUGCAAUUUGGUGCUUUGCAUCAGCAUUAACAAUUGAUGAUUUGCUAUAUGUUAAUUUUAAUAAUGAAUUGGAAAAUGGGAUUCCCCAACCUGAUGAAGAUGCUGUAUCUGACUGCCAAGCAAAAGAUCUUACAAAGUGGGACAAGCUGUUCACGAUGUUAGAGAACUCCCAGAUGAGGGAGAAUAUGCUGCUUCAAUCCUUGGAUGAAGUUAUUAAGGUGGAACUGCAGACUUUGAGAGGAGAGAUGCUGGACUUUGUAUCUAACUUUGCAGGAACUUGUGCUACAAACAUUGAAAGAGCAACAUUUAAAAUUUCAGAAAGUGUAGACAAAACACUAGAUACAAGACUUCAACAAGCUCAAGAGGAUGGGAAUAGUCUCAGAUCUUUGCAGGCAGCCCAGCUAGAAGACCAAACCUUACUGAUAUUUAACAUAUCCAACAGACUUGACAACUUUGACCGAUUAUUACAGAAAAGAGCAGAGUCUGACCUAUUACAGCAAAAUGAAGGUGCAGCCCAGUGUCAAGCCCAAGUAGACAGGCUGACCUCAGCACAAAAUCAAAUAGGAGAACUGGCCUCCCAACUAAAGCAAACCCAAGCAUGGAUCAGUCAACGCUUCUUGCCAUCAGGCUGUGAUGCCGCAGUAUUGUUCCCAAUGAGAUCCCCAAAAAUCUAUGCAAGUGUGCACCCUGCUGACAUGAGCCUGCAGGCCUUUACAUCCUGCGUGUGGGUUAAAGUGACUGAAGCCUUGGACAGAACGAUUGUCUUCUCCUAUGGAACAAAACGAAACCCUUACGAAAUUCAACUAUAUCUGGACCAUAACUCAGCUGUGCUUGUGGUAGGUGGUGACAAAAACAAAGUAAUAGCAGAUAAUGCGUUUGAGCAAGGGCAGUGGUCACAACUGUGUGGCACAUGGAACUCUGAAGAUGGCAAUGCCACACUAUGGGUCAAUGGAGAAAAGAAAGCUAUUGUCUCUGAAGUCGCAAAGGGUCACGCUAUUCCCGAUAGAGGCAUAUUUCAGCUUGGUCAAGAAAAGAAUGGCUGCUGUGUAGGAGGAGGAUUUGAUGAAUCGUUAUCCUUUUCUGGAAAGCUUACAGGCUUCAAUUUAUGGGAUAGCGUCCUUGAUGAUGCUGAGAUAGCACGGACAAGUAAUGAUUGCAGUAUUCGUGGUAACAUUGUUGGGUGGGGAACUACUGAAGUCCUGCCACAUGGUGGCGCUCUAUAUAUCCAUUAGUUUUGGCAGUUUGCAUGAUCAUAACAUCCAUCAAAGAAUUGGGUUGAUGAUUCUAUACCUGUUUUAUACCCUAUAACUAAAUAUUGUGGGUAUAUUCAAAUGAAUACAUUCUUAUUUAAAGCUAUGUUUAUUUCUAGAAUGGCUAUUCUAGUUAUCUAACUUAUAAAACAUCAUAACUUGUCAUACUUCCUACUUUACAUUACUGGAACAGCAACAAUUCUUAAGCAUAUAAAGGUCAAAAGAAUAAAUUUGAUAAAGAGUCUGUCCAGGAUGGCCUUAAUAUUUUUUUAAUGUGAAUGGUAUUAUGCAGCUAACAGUAAAAUACACUUCAUAGAUCUAAUUAUAACCACUUCGUUUAAUCACCCAUUAUAUGUGUAAUUAUAUACUACUGUACUAUAAUGUAAAUUGCAAUAGAACUACUGUAUUUUUGUAAAAUUGUACCAUAAGACAAUUUCAAAAUUUAUCACAAUGUUAUAAAUCUGCAUAUUUUAAAUGAACAGAGAAAUAUAAAUAUAUCAUUACAAGUAAGUUUACACUGCUUUCCAUAGAAAUAUCUUGGAUAAGAAAAAUCACAUGUACAAGUUUUGUAUUUUUUAAUUUUUUUUUUUACAGUAUAUUUUCUUAACACUGAUGUCCCAGAAAUAUUACAUUUUAGAAGGCAAACCUACAAAUAUUUUAUUUCGGCCAUUAUGUAAUGCUACCUUACUCACUGUGGUUUCAGUUUACCUAUUUGUAAUAUUUUCUAUGGUUCAAAUUUUUUUUCUACAAAAUAAAUUAAAUAAUUUUUUUUAUUA